AUGUCUCGAUCGUUAUUUGAUAUUGAAUUUCGCUUGGUUAUCGAAAGAUUUCAAUUACAAAUACCAUUAAAAAUGUUGAGAGAGAUUCAAUUGAUAACUGGUUUAAUUCAAGCUAAUGCUUUGCAGUCAAACUACGAAUCAAAUUGGGUAUAUCAAGUUAAUCGAACAGGUACAGGAUUUGAUGUGCGUUAUGAUGUCUCUGUUAUCCCUCGUCAAUUUAGCAAUUGUAAUUGUCGCACAUCAUCAAAUUGUCGUCAACUAUCAUCAAUGCGUAGUAAGAAUGGAACAAUUUUAUUCGCCAUACCUGGUUUUUAUGUUGGUUGUCUAUCUAGUGAAGCAUUGAUUCAAUCAACAAUGGAAUGUUUCUAUAAUCAAUCGUUCAAUGCAACGACAAUAUCUCAUGUUACGACUCGCAUGAGCGGUACUCAGCAGUACAGGAAUGGUAGUACCGAAGGUGGUACUCUCUUAUGGAUCUAUGGAACUGGUUUUGCACCGAAUGCUUUCAGUACAGAACCAUCAACAGCAAGAUCAAAUACAAUACAGUUGAUUAGAGGCAAUGAUACUUAUGACUGUGAAGGGAGUAUUGAAAGAGUGACAGAUACUCAGUUGGCAUGCUACACUCCACCAAUGUCUCCAGUUGUAACGGAUAUCUCAUCUGACACUGGAAGUAUCGAAGGUGGUACAAUCUUAACAAUUAAUGGAGAAUAUUUCAGUGAAAGUAAUCAAUAUCCACUGGCCGUCAAUGUUGGUGAUGAGUCAUGCAAUAUCAUCAGUUCUGAAUUGACUUUUAUUCAAUGUCAAACAUCAACAACGCCCGUUAACAAUCGCAAUCAUUAUCGUGGUGGCCGUGGCCUACACAUCUUCUAUCAACCUGGUUUCACUAGUUUAACGAGUUUAGGCAAUGCGAAUCCUCCAAUGCCCAGUGCCACUGCCAAUCGAACAUGGACAGGAGAAGCUUCAUUUUCCUCUAAUUUUCCAUCUGGUGCUACCGUAUGGUUCAUUGGAUUUCUACGUACACCAAUGACGGCUGCAUUCAAUUUUCGGUUGGAAACCAAUUCUCAAGCCAUAUUAUAUCUGAGCAGUGAUGAAGAUCCUACUAACAAAGCACGAAUUGCCACGAACUCAGCCCCAAAUUCAAACAGAAUUGUACUACAAAAUAAUACUGACUAUUACAUGCUUUGUGUGGGCUCCACUUCGAUGGGCAAUUUUCGUUUAGAAAUAAAAACAGCUAUGCAACCAUUGAAUGCAAGGGCAGGAAUGAGCUCAUCCGGUACGAGUGAAAUUCAACGUAUUACCAUUGGUGCUCCCGUUACGAAUGAACAGCAGCGUAUUGUCUAUAUGACUAAUUUGGCUACCGCUGGAGUCGCUGAAGUUCAAGAUGUAGAAGCUGUUUUUGAAAUAUUUCAAAUCGGAUUUGAAGGAGUGUAUACAGGACUUCUUGAUGGUCCACCACCUCCGCAAGAUAUUCAGGAUGCUCUCAAUGAUUUGCCGACAAUCUUUCCGUUAUCUGUUACGGUCGUACUCGUAGGCACGGCAUAUCGAGUCACAUUUCCAGUCGAAAUGGGCGAUGUUUCACCAUUUACUGUCAUAUCCGCAGCAUACAAUCAAACGCAGAGAGCAACCGAAAUAGUACAAGGCAUUCCGUCGAAUUCGAAGAUAGCCUUUCAGCUCGAUGGAGCAACAACAAGCUACUUGAAUUUUCGAGAUGAUAAUAUAACAGAUGCUAUACUAAGAGAUGAGUUUAUGAAUUUGUUCAAUAUUCGAUGUCCACCGUCAUUGAAUAAUCCACUUACAACACCAUCUAUUGUUUAUACGGAGGAAUUUGAAGCCACAGGCUCAUUCGAUGAGUCUUUCGAUAUUAAAGAUAUGGCCUUCUGUGGACGUGGUGCACUAAGAAACUCAAGUCAAAAUCUUAUCUAUGGAAACACAUUGAUUGCAGAUUACAUGUGCUUUGCUUAUAAGAUCGUUAUAGGAGGAUCGAUUACUAUAAACUUUCUAAUUGAAAACGAUGGAAAUCCACCAGUUCUCGAAAAUAUUCCUAUGAAUCUAAGAGCAGAUUCACGUUGGCACUAUACAUGCAUCAAUCUACGUGACACACUUGAACAGUAUUCUUUUAUGUAUUUAACUGUUACAUCGUUUGUAAUUCUUCAAGCCAAUCUCAGUUAUUUCGCUCCAUUAACUAUCAUGAUUGAUACAGUGACAUUACGUAAUACCUUACCUAUCGGCUAUGAGGAUGACAAUAUGAUUAUGUCAACCGAUCAAUCAUCCAUAGGUCCAUGUACAUUUCCAUUUUUUUACAACGGUAAAAAUCAUUCAUCAUGUGUACUUGACGAUUAUAAUCUGCCUAUAUGUGGUUUAACUUCCAAUAGAAGAUUCUACUGUCAAAAUUCAUCUAUUGAAGGCGUUCGACGACUCUAUCCGAAAUAUCAGUUGUUAGAUAAUUCAUUUCAAGCCAAUCAUAUACCAUCGAAUAGUACUAUUGAUAUUUCCUUUCGAUAUACAGCAUGCAUGUCACCAUCAUUGGUUGGUCAAGUAAUUUCAAUUAGAAAUGCUUCAAAACCGGUCCGUGGCUAUUAUUCUAUAAUGUUCGAUGGACAAAUAUAUUCUCCGAUUCCGGUAGCAAUAAGUGGAUCCAAUUUAGCCAAUGUACUUCAAUCAUUCUCCGAUUUCGGUUACGUAAAUGUAAGUCGCACGGGAGAAUGUUAUCAGUACGCAUACACGAUUCAAUGGUUAGUCAAUGGUGAGCAACCACUCAUUUCAAUAGCGAAUUCGUCUCAAGUGACACCAAUCAAUACACCAAUGAUUGUUUCGUCCAUACAACGUGGUAGUACUAUCAAUGUAUUCUACAAUCUACCAAAUGAUAUACUACGAACCUACCAUAUGACACCUCAGGUAGAAGUACUUGUGGGUGGUUAUCCGUCUUAUUGUUCCAAAGAGAAUAACAGUUGUGAAUUUCAACGGUCAAUUAGCGAUACACCUCAGAUUACAUCUGUCGAGCAGAAUGGAACAACAGUAACUAUUCGUGGUACUGGAUUUAGUAUGAAUUUCGAGUCUAACAUGAUUUCAAUUGGUGAAAGUGGCUCGUGUACCGUACAAGCAGUGAGUGUAACAUCAAUUCAAUGCACUAUUAUCAACGCACCUUCAGGUCGACACAUUCUACAACUCAACGUUGCUAAUAAAGGUCUUGCUUCAAGUAACGAUAUUUAUAUGGUUAAUGUGCCGUUAUUUAUCACUUCAUUUGAACCAAAUGGAGGAGACUCCGGUGGAGGUUAUACAUUGACAGUUGUUGGAGGUGGAUUUUCAUCGAAUGCUCUAAUCACUCUGGGCGAAAAUUUUUGUAUAAAUGUGAUCGUCAUCAGUUUCACUACCAUCCAAUGUAUCGUUCCUCCAAGUAGCAGUGGAAGCUUAACUCAAGUAAGGGUAACUGUCAUUGAUAGUACGAAUUCAGCUAUGGCAACUGUACAAUUCACAUACAAUGUAACAAUUGCACCAACUAUUCAUUCUAUCAAUCCAACGUAUGUGACAAUGAGUGGUGGAUUAUUAGAGAUUAAUGGUACCGGAUUUGGCAAUCGUGAUAUUUCCGUUUUUGUUGUUACGAAAAAUGCUCGUAUUUUAGCCUCAUCAAACAAUCAUAUUCUAGUGAGUUUGAGUGCACUACCACCCGGACUCUAUCCAAUCACAGUUCGUACGUCAAUGGGUUUUGCACGACCUCUCUUUCAUAUUGAAUAUCGAUUCUAUAUACAACAAAUAUCACCACAAGUUGGCUCAGCCUACGGCGGCACUGAUAUUUAUCUUAAUGGCAAAGGUUUCGAAAAUGGAACACGUAUUCAACUUCGUGAUCGAAAUAAUCGCAUUGCUCCUUGCAAUAUUCUUUCAGUUCAAUCGAAUCAAAUUCAUUGUCGAACAACGUCACCUUCUCGUCAAGUGACAAUCACAUCGUAUGGCACCCAUCCAACAUAUGGAUUUGGUUAUUCGUGGUUUCCUAUUCGUGAAACAGUACAACAAGGAACUAUUGUUACAUGGUAUUGGGAUUCAGCUCAACUUCUUUCACCAGUUUAUUACAAAGUACAACAAGUUGCCAACGCAUACAGUACCACACCAGUACCAAGCGGAUUUGAUUCGGGUCCAGUAACGUCUUCUGGUUCAUUUUCUCAUCAAUUCGAUACCUUGGGUACUUUCUAUUAUUGGGCGCCGAAUGUCCAUCAAUCUAGUGGAUAUUCCAUGCGAGGUACCAUUGAUGUUGUAGUUCGAGAAUCUGAAACAAUGACUGUAGAAGCCGUUUGGGAUAAAUUUACUGCUCAAACAUGUACAUUUCCAUUUAUUUUUAAUUCGGUUAAUUAUACGGCAUGUACUGCGGCGAAUGAUACGCAAUUAUGGUGCUCGCCAACACCCAUCUACACAGGACAAAGACUCUAUUGCACUCCAACAGUUCCGAUACCUAAUCCAUCCUGCUCUUGGACUACUCUUAAUGUGAGUUCAUGUUCUGAAUCCAUACCAACAUCAUCUAAUCCGACUCAAUUUCUUUCUACAACAUGUACGAUCGAAUCGAUUACAGGCAUAUCACCUACGGAAGGCACUGUUGGAACUGAAUUAACAAUCACAGGCACACACUUCAGUGGAAAUAUGUGUGAUUAUGAUAUUCAAAUAGGAUCAUCCUAUCAUUGUCCUAUCAUAAACAUGUCAUCGACUGAACUUCUUUGUCAGAUUACAACAUACUCUAUGCUAGAUCCGAGAACAGACCAUAUUGUUCGUGUUGCUCGUUAUCGUCAAGGCUAUCUUGCUAAUCAAAAUCAAAUGCGAUUUAGAUUUCUACCAUCAAUCUCAAACAUUACUCCUAUGAUCGGUUCAAUUUAUGGUGGUACUCAUGUGACAAUCGAUGGAGAAGGUUUCAUAUCCGAUGAUACACUCGUGUUUAUCGGUGGUACCAAUUAUACACAUCGAGGAUCUGUAUCCUAUUCACAAAUCAUCUUCAUUACUCCACCAGAGUUAACAUAUGUGAAUUUGAAUAUAAACGUAUUCGUUUAUGUUCGUACGAGUCAGUCAGUAUGUCUUAUGCCAUCGUGCCAUUUCUCUUGGACAACAAGUGUUACGCCGUACUUUAAUUCAGUGAAUCCGUUACACAUCCGUGGCACUAUGAAUUUAACUAUUACCGGCCAAAAUUUGAUUAGUGGUGGAACAACAUUGGCCAAUGUUCAUGUGAAUAUCCAUGACAAUGCUUGUAAUAUCACACAGAUGAGCAAUAAUUCGAUUGCAUGUACAGUAAGUGGUAUCGAAGCUGGUGAACAUCGUAUCGAUGCAUUCAUUGAUGGUAUUGGUAAUGUUUAUUCAUUGUUGAAUAUUACAUCUGAUGCCGUUGUGUCGACGGUAACACCUGUCAGUAGUAGUGUUCAUGGUGGUGCUACAUUAACCAUUGAUGGCCAUGGCUUUUCGAACAAUGCCAGUGAAAUUCAAAUUACGAUUGGCUCAAAUUCAUGUCCUGUAAUUGAAGCAAUAGAGAGUCGAAUUGAAUGCACCAUACCUCCUCAGGGUAGUAGUUCCAAUACAGCUAACAUUAGUAUCAGUUCACAUCAAAUUUCUUUUCCAUCUUCAUUUAUAUUGAAUUACAACAACACAAUAACACCAAAUAUCACUUCUGUAAGUCCAACUUUUGGCAGUAACUCACAAGUUUUAGUUAUUACGGGACAUAACUUUGUUGGUACUGGACAAACCGAUGUUACCGUAGGAGAUACUCCUUGCAAUAUCACUACACGUUCAAUGGGAUCCAUUACAUGCACAGUUGGCUCGAGUCUAUCAGCUGGCAAUCAUACAAUUAAUGUUCAUGUAGACGAUAUUGGAGAUUCUAAUGAAGAUAUUGUCUAUAGACAUGAUCUUUCCAUUACAAGUAUAACACCAUCGGAAGGAGGCUAUGGUGGUGGUAUAUCAAGUACGAUUCGUGGCAAUGGAUUCAAGGGAACUGAUGUCGACGUGAAUGUAUGUAAUAAAUCUUGUUUAUCAAUACAAAUUGAAUCUAAUGAUCAACUCACCUGUGUGACACCUCCGAUAUCUAUGGCUUCAAUGAAUACUGUGUGCAAUAUGACAGUGGAUGUUGAUGGCAUCAGAAAAAAUACAGUAUUCACCUAUAAAAUUAAUUUGACCGCAACGGUAACAUCAGUGAGUCCAAGUCGAGGUGGAACUGGUGGUGGAACAACAAUUACAAUUAAUGGAACCGAUUUUCCAACUUCGAUAAAUGCUGUAACAGUAACUAUUAAUGAUAUACCGUGCUCCGUGCAAACAGUCACAACAACAAGUAUUACCUGUGAGACAGGUAGUCAUCGAUAUUCAAGUGUACGAGCUCCAAUCAUGGUAUCUAUCAAUGGCAGUGGUUAUGCUAUUGGUUCAGUUUACUUUCAAUACAUCGAUCUUUGGUCAAGUCCAUGGACAUGGGGUGGUGAUGAACCACCGGAAGCUGGUACACUUGUGGUGAUUGAAAAUCAGGAGACUAUCUAUUUGGAUAUUGAGACACCUAUUUUGAAAGUACUUGUCAUUGAUAAUGCUACAUUGAUCUUCGAUGAUUUUCAAGAUGUUGCUUUGAAUGUCGAAUAUAUUGUCAUUGUUAAUGGUGGUCGUCUUGCAGUUGGAACAGAAUCAAAUCCAUUUCAACAUCGUGGUGUCAUCAACAUGUAUGGACACUUACGAUCGAUUGAAUUACCUAUUUAUGGUGCUAAAGUAUUGGCUAUUCGUGAAGGUACGUUGGACAUGCACGGAAUACCUACUAUUCGAAUUUGGACACGAUUGGGAGCAACAGCUAGCAAUGGUUCAUCAACAAUCACUCUUUUGCAACCUGUCAAUUGGACUGUCGACAGUCAAAUUGUUAUUGCAACUACAAGUGAUCGUUUUAGUCAGAAAGAAAGUGAAAUUCGUCGUAUUAAGAAUAUUUCAUCGAAUGGGUUAAUAUUAACUCUGGAUAAACCAUUAACAUAUACCCAUUUAGGUAUUACACAAAUGUUGAAUUCAACAACUGUUGAAAUUCGUGGUGAAGUGGGUCUUCUUUCGCACAACGUCAUCUUUCAAGGUUCCAUUACUGAAACAUGGGAUGAAAUUAUAGAAGCAUGCCCAGCUGGAUUCAAUCCAGACGAAUUUGCCGUACAGACAUGUUUUCUUGGUCGAUAUGGACAAGAGAUCGGUUCUGAUCAGUUCGGUGCAAUGAUUAUGGUUAGCCAGGAUGAUAAUAUUACCAAUAGUAGUCAACGAGUUGCUGUUCGUCUAUCGAAUGUCGAAGUUUUUCAUGUUGGUCAAGCAUUUCGUCUUGAUCGUUAUGCAAUACAUUUUCAGAGAAAUGGUAAUAUGAGUGAAUCCUAUGUAAAAUCAUCGUCUAUUCAUGAAUCAUUCAACCGAGCUAUUCACAUUCAAGCUAGCAAUUAUAUCACCAUUGAGGACAAUGUUAUCUAUAAUAUCAUGGGAAAUGCAAUGUUUUUAUCGGAUGGUAUUGAGGUUGGACAUGUUUUUCGAGGCAAUCUGGCCAUUUUUGUUCGAACAAGUUCGAGUCUUCUUAAUGAAGAUCUUACACCAGCAGCAUUUUGGUUGAGCAAUCCCAAUAAUUUUGUCGAAUUCAAUGCGGUAGCUGGCACGACUCAUUAUGGUUAUUGGUAUCGAUUCGAUAAUAAACCUGAAGGAUUUUCACUUCAAACCUAUCCUGAUUACUGUCCCAAUCGACAACCUUUUGGUAGCUUCUACAAUAAUAGUGUGCAUAGUACGGGUCGAUUUGGAGUUUGGAUCUAUCCUGAAUAUGCUCCAACAAUGUUCGGUGAUUGUAAUGGUACUUAUCCAACGCAAGCAACAAUUGAAGGUUUGAUUGCGUGGAAAAAUAAUAAAGGAAUCGAAGUAGUCAUGUCUCGCACGAUACAAAUCAAGAAUGCAUUAGUUUUUGACAAUGCUGACAUGGGUAUUGCCUACAUUACAGCUGUCGGCCAUCAAGAAACCAAUCCACCAUAUUUACGUCCAACAUUCUAUGAUGGUUUGAAUGGCUCAUUGGUAGUUGAUAGUAUAAUUAUCGGUGAUGUCGGUAUUUCUCCUACUCCAAUCAUACCAAAGACUGCUGGUCUUGUUGUUAUGUGGGAUCGUGGCCUUCGUGUUCGGAAUGUUGUUUUUAUGAAUUUUCCAAGUAAUGAAACACGUGCUAUAUAUGGACCAAUCAUCCUUGAUCGAUGUACUGAUCGUUGCGGAGGUUGGCUAACAUAUUUCUCAAACAUCUCAUUUAUCGAUGUUACAGUUCGUGGCAAAUUUCGAUGGGCCUACGAUGCUUUAUACUAUGAUGAAGAUGGUAGUUUGACUGGCCAAUCCGACUCGGUCAUCAUGGCUCCAGAUGGUCUUACUAAUACAUCCUUGACUUGUACGUUAGUAUCAACGUUUGAAAAUGCUAUUCAAUGCCCUCGAUCACAAGGUGCUUGGUUACGAUUUUCAUUUCGUGAAAUAUUAGAAAGACCUUUGGGUCGACUAUUUAUUGAUAAUGAUAUGAAUUCAACGACUAUCGUGCCAUGGCUUCGAGAACAGCUAACCUAUCCAAAUGGAUAUUUAGUUGUAUUGCAAGCAAAUCAAUCGUACAUAUUGCGAUUUGAAACAACUAUAACUUCUCAACAGAUGAGAUAUACAGGUGUUGUUUACGAUGUAGCUCCAGGUGAUUAUCUCAUCAUUCAGCAUCGCAUGAACGUUGCACCAUAUAAAGCGAAUACAACAAUCGAUCGACAAAUGAUUUUAGGAUCAAUAACUCCACUAUCGGCAUCGACUAGUACGAAUGGUGAUUGGUACUAUGACGGUGUUACUUCACUUUUUUCGUACAUCAUUCUAAACCCAUUAACGGCUAAUGCAAGUGUCGACAUAGAACUCUCAUAUCAAGUGUACAUAUGUCCAUGUAAUAGUUGUGGAUGUCCUGUGACUACGACAACAACAACAACAACAACGACAGCAACAACAGCUUCAACAACAUCAGCUACAACAGCGACGACAACAACAGCAACCACAUCCACAACAACAUCAGCAACAACAUCGACGUCAACAUCAGCAACAACAGAGACGACAACAUCAGCAACAACAACCACAACCACAUCAGCAACCACAACAACUUCCACUACGUCUACAACGGCUACUAGAACGACGACGACAACCACCAUGUACCUGCCUCCAAUACAACCUUGUAACGAAUUACCAACAAGUCCGCAAGUGUGCCAAAGUAUCGAUAUUAAAUAUUGGUCAGUCGAUUCUCACUGGACAUUUGGACCACAAGAUUAUAUAAAUUGGAUUGGUGUUAAACCUGAUCAUGACAAUAAUAUCUUUGUUCCUCGGUGUAUUUGGCUAAUUAUCGAUUAUCCACUUCCACGUAUUCGAGCAUUGAGAAUUGAUGGUGUCGUCGAAUUUCAACAGGGACGAAGUCAUAUAAUGAAUGUUGAUAACAUUAUUAUCAAUGGUGGUCGGCUAAUUGCUGGUUUACCGAAUGCACCAUUCAAUGGUAGUGUCGAUAUAAUUAUGAAGAAUAGUGGUCCAAUUACUAUACAAUUGCCUCAAAAUUAUCCGAUAUUAGUGCCAAAAAUGAUCAGUGUUUUAGGUGGUAUCGAUUUACAUGGUAUCUCACAUAGAAUUACUUGGACACGUCUAGCUAUGACCGCUGUAUCAGGUCAAAAUAUCAUUACUUUAAGUCAAUCUGUUAAUUGGGUUGUUGGCGAUGAAAUCAUUAUAACAACCACUGAUACGAACAUUUCUCAUACUGAGCGACAUCGUAUUGUCAAUAUACAGAAUGCAACAGUAAUAUAUACAGCAACACCACUUGCUUAUACUCAUCUUGUUAUUCAACAUACAUUCGUCAAUGGACAAGUGAUCAAUGUGGCAGCUGCUGUCGGAUUAUUGACACGUAAUGUACGUAUAAUUAAUCAAAAUUCGGGUUCUAGUUUGUCUGGAUUUCGAAUAUUUAUGACCGAAUAUCAAACAGAUGUGUGGCAUAUUUACUCCAGUCGCUAUUACAGUACAUGCUACAGGGGUUAUGCUCGAAUAUCGAAUACACAAUUUAUUGGUUUCGGACAGUUAGACGAUAGUUACAAUACGGAUCAACGAUCAGGCAUCUAUAUGAGUCGUCUUGGCGAUUACAAUCCAAACCGAGCUACUUUCAUCAAUGCUUCUUCAUUCGAUAGUGGAUUCAAUGCAGCAAUUAGUAUGUUGGGUACCAAUGGUAUAUCUAUUGCAAAUAAUGUCAUUUACAAUACAUAUCGAUCAGGUCUUGUUGUAACUGGAACGAACAAUAUCAUUCAAAAUAAUCUCGUUACAACUGUCUAUUGGUUGGGUACAGGUCAAAUACCAUCGGUAGCCGAAUUCAAUUUCAAUAAUGAUGGUGCUAUUAUGUCUCGUGAUGUUAAUAGUGUCAGAUUACUAGAUAAUAUGGUAGCUGGUGUUGAACGUUUAGCAUAUCGAAUUCAUGGUGAAUCAUGUGGAGGUUCGGAUAUUUACGUUCCACCAAAUAUAACCAAUGAAUAUUGGAAUAAUGAAGCACAUUCGGCUAUGUCUGGCGUCAACGUUUUGCCAGUAGACAAAGGAUUUAUCUAUGAUCGAAAAUGUGUGUUGAUCAAAGGAUUCAAAGUUUACAAAGCAUGGUACUAUGGUUUCUACAUCAAUUCACCUCGAAAUAUUACUAUUAGUUCAUGUUCAUCAAUCGAUAGUCAUGUCGGUAUUUUUACUUAUAUCCUUGGACCAUCAGCUUUAUCACAUGUAUCGAUUGCUAGUCGUGUUAAUAUUAAUGAUUCGAUUGUCAUUGGUUCAAUUACAUCACAAGAUUGUAAUGAUAAAAUCGAUUCAAAUUCCAUCAAUAUUCGACUAUCACAAAUGGCCAUACCUGGUGUAUCCGACAAUUCAUCUUUCAAUAUUACUGCUGGUCGAGUGGGUAUCGUUUUUCCAACAGUAUCACGAAAUAACUUUAUGCCUAUUCGUUCAUGGACUGGAAUUGGCAUUUAUCCUUGUCUUAAUGGUUCAAUGUCAAUCAUAAAUACAACUUUUGCUUUCUUCAAUGAUACUUGUGGUCGACAUGACGUUGCAAUUCAAGUGUCACAGAGAAAUGAUGAUGGACAAUUUCCGAUUACAACACGUUCUCUAUUUGUCUAUAAUACAUCGGAGGAAAAUCUUAUUUUCAAUGGUCUGCCAAAUUUAGGUGUAGUCAAUCCGAGCAGAUGUGGUGACAUGGAUUGUGAUGGUUUGAAAAAGAAUUUGUUGAUCGAUACAGAUGGUUCACUUUUUGGUCAACCAGCCAGUGUCUUUUCAUACGCUGAAGCUUUAUGGGGAAAUCAACAACAUGGCAUUGGAGAUUUUCGCAUUCCUUUAGUAGCAUACACCAACUUGACUGGACAUAGAAUGAACAUUAACUUAACUCAUCCGUACCGUGGCAUUAGUCGUACAAAUUCUUGUUCUCUUCGAUCAUCAUGGGGAAUGUACAUUUGUAAUUCGACGACUGACUAUCGUAUGUUAAUUAUUGAAAGUAUGGAUUCAGAUACGGAAAAACGACGUCUUUCACCUGUUGCUAUUAUGUCCAAGAGUGGUUACAUUGAUCUAAUCAAUGGACCUCAAGAUCAGACGUUUUGCAAUGGUUAUUCAUGUCGAAAACGUAUUUCAACAUUUAUGGCUAUCAUUCAAUCUGAACAAACCUAUGACAUAUAUUUCUCAAGUACUCCACCUCGACAAACACGUUUUCGUAUACUCAAUGCAAAUUCUAGUAUAAAAUGUAUUUUGGCACUUUAUUUUUAUUCAUUACAACAAAUUGAUUUUUAUGCGAAUACAUUGUAUGUACCACCAACGAAUCGAGAUCUUCGGUCUCCUGGUCUCAUGUUACUCGAUCAACCAAACAAUGUCACCUUAUUAUCACCACCUGGAAGCAAUUAUUUCAAUAGAACAUAUCAAAUGGCCUAUUUUCUCAUUGAUGGUAACACUACUAUUGAUGUGAAAAUAUCACCACUACUGAUUCUGUCUUUUGGUUUUCCACCAAUCAGUCCAUCAGCAUUUUUCUCUACCAAUCUUGUUAACAAUCUAGCCAUGUUGUUGAAUAUCAAUCCAGAGAAAAUUCGACGUGUUAACAUUGUUUCAGCCUCGAAUAAUACUCGUAUUCGUCGACAAGCCCCAUCUGUUACUGCAUCUGUUCGAUUACAGAUGGAACUACGUGAUGAACCUCGUCCUAGUACGACAGCAGCAACUGGAAUUCGAGCAGAAAUUCUAGCGAAUAUUGCUUCGUCAAUUAUCAAUCGUUAUCAAGCAGGUGAAUUACAAAUAGCAUGGGCAAAUCUCAAUAUAGCAGGUGGCAAUUCUCCAUCGAAUUUGAGUACACAAGAACCUUAUGAUGAUUUUCAAGUUGAAUUGAGUGUCAUACGUCAACUUUUACUUAUCACACCACCAUCGAACUGUCGUCAACAAAGUCCAUGUACAAUUCAACCAGUACUUGUUGCCUAUGAUGUACAAGGAAAUGUUAUUCAAAAAUUAGGUUCAAACGAUCGACCAUGGCAAGUGAAAGCUAGUCUCGUCAAUCAACCAAAUGUCAUGUUGCCGGGUAGUAUAGCCAACUAUACUAAUGGACAAACACAAUACAGUCUACUCACUCUACCAGAUAAUGGUACUUACGAAGUUCAAUUUACUAUGAUUCUACCCGAUGGUGUAAACAGUACAUAUUUUUGGACAUUAAAUCUGACAGCUCAAACUACUAAUUGCACAGUAACACAAGCAGUGCUUGCUGGUCGACAAGUUAACAAUGUUUAUGUUGUCAAUGUUAAUGAAACAUUUAGUAUAAGUGUUAUGCCCAUUGAUAGUGUUACUCGACUGAGACUUGGACAAAUUCAAUGGGGAGGUUGGCAAUGGUCUGCCAAUGUCAACAUGUAUAGCUUACCGAGUUUUAAUCGUCUCGGAUCACUAGUUAGGAAUAGUACAUCAAGAACUAUAGUCAAUCUCGUAGCUGGUACUGUUACUAUUACUAAUCUAGCACUCAAUUUUACCGGUAUGUAUGUGCUACAAAUUCGUUCAAAGUCUUCCAACAAUGAACAUGACAUUAUGUUAACAUCGAAUGGUAUCCUUGUCAAGGAAGAUAAGAGUAAUUUUGUUACUGAAACUGAAGGAUUCUCAAGCAACAUCACAUUCCAAGGUGAUUUUGAUGCACUCAAUGCUAGUGAUCAACUAGAAAUCAAACGUGCAACAAUUUACAAUUAUUUACUUAGUGCCACAGGUACUAUUGUUGCCUUGUUUGAAGUUGAACCAUUGGCUACAAAUAUAUCAAAUGCCGUGUCAAGUUUGUUAUCGAAUCCUAAUACCAUAUCCGGUCUCACGAUUAGUUCACUGAAUAUCAAUGGUCGUUCCUAUUCAGUUUCAGAUCUAUCGAACCACAACGAAACGAAUAAUACUGAUAAUGGUUCGACUAAUGUCGGUUUGAUUGUUGGUCUCGUGGUUGGUCUAGUCGGUGGUUCAUUAAUUGUUGCCGGGAUCGUGUUGGUUUAUCAAUUAUAUCCACGAAUGCUUGUACAAAAUCGUCUUGGAGUCGCAGAAACUAUUGGACAGCAACCGAUAUCGAAUACAGCACUAACUGUAUCAGAUGUCGAACUAAUCUCAUUUUCCCCGGUUUCAUAUGCUCCAUCAGCACCUAAUCAAAUUCACGUCUCGAAAUACGUGUAUCCUUCUCAACCUCAAUUGACUACGUCCAAACCUAACGCACCGAAUUUCAAAAAAGCUGAACCAGGACAAUCACCACUUGCACCGACAUUAAUUUCAUUCAAUUAA